GUUAAUCGAAAACGUAAAUUUAAUAAGAAGAAAUUGAUAGUAAACUACUCGGUCUUAGUUGGCAUCCAUAAUUUCCGAGGAAGCAUAGAAAUGAAAUAGUGGAUUUAUCUCAAACUAACGGAAAUAACGGUAAAAGCCCUAUCCUUCCCGCCAUUUUCAACAUUCUUUUAAAACAACCACAAAAAACAUCAGCAAAUGUCCUUAAACCAUAAUGGCAAACCGCUACUUGUUCCUUAAUCUCCUCAACAACUGCGCCACUCUUUCACACUUGACUCAGCUCCACGCCCACCUCCUUCUCCACGGUCUCCAAAACGACAUCGCAGUCGCCACAAAACUCACCCACAAGCUCUUCCAUUUUAACUCCGCUCGCCACGCUCGUGCUCUCUUCUUUACCAUUCCAAAACCAGACAUUUUCCUCUUUAACGUCCUCAUUAAGGGCUUAUCUCACAACAACUCUCCUUUAUCCGCCGUUUCGCUCUUUACCCAUUUGACAAAACGUACUCGUCUUUAUCCUGAUAAGUUUACUUAUGCUUUUGCUAUUUCAGCCGCUACUAAAUUCGGGGAUGCGAAGAUUGGAUUCUUAUUGCACGGGAAGCUUAUUGUUGAUGGGUUUAGUUCAGAUUUGCAUAUUGGGUCAGCUCUUGUCGAUAUGUAUUUUAAACUUGGCUCCGAGGGUAUUGCAGUGAAGGUGUUUGAUAAAUUUCCUGAGAGAGAUACUAUUUUGUUUAAUACGGUGAUUUCUGGGUUAGUAAGGGUUUUUCGUUAUGAGGAUUCUAUCAGAAUUUUCAGAGAUAUGGUAUCAGGUAAUGGGCCUCAGUUGGAUGCAACUACAGUGAUAGCCGUGUUGCCUGCUGUAGCAGAAUUGCAGGAGCUGGGUUUAGGUAUGGGGAUGCAAUGCUUAGCUAUUAAACUUGGUUUUCAUUCUCAUACUUCUUUGCUUACAGGUUUGAUUUCGUUGUAUUCAAAAUGUGGAAAGAUUGAGAUAGCUAGGAUGUUGUUUAUAGAUAUCGGUAGAAAAGAUUUAAUAUCUUGUAAUGCUAUGCUCUCUGGCUUUACUUUCAAUGGUGACACGGAAUCUACAGUGAGAUUGUUCAGAGAAUGGCUUGGUUCUGGAGAGAAGGUUAAUUCUAGUACAGUUGUGGGGUUGAUUCCUGUAUAUUCCCCUUUUGGUUAUUUAUUUCUUACUAAUUGCAUUCAUGGUUUCAGUAUCAAAUCUGGCGUUGUUUCAAAUUCUUCUGUUUCAACAGCAUUGACUACAGUAUAUAGUAGAUUAAAUGAAAUGGAAUUCGCACGUCAGUUAUUUGAUGAAUCUUCAGAGAAAACUUUAGCUUCGUGGAAUGCCAUGAUAUCGGGUUAUACCCAAAAUGGUUUAACAGAAAUUGCAAUUUCUCUUUUCCAGGAAAUGCAGAUGUCUAAUGUCACUCCAAAUCCUGUAACUGUUACAAGUGUACUUUCAGCUUGUGCUCAACUUGGAGCUUUGAGUUUAGGAAAAUGGAUCCAUGAUUUAGUUAAGAGUAAGAACUUUGAGCACAAUGUAUAUGUUACAACUGCUUUAAUUGAUAUGUAUGCAAAGUGCGGAAGCAUUUUGGAGGCUCGUCAGUUAUUUGAUUCGAUGCUGGAGAAGAAUGAGGUCACUUGGAAUGCCAUGAUUUCUGGAUAUGGUCUUCAUGGGCAUGGACAUAAGGCUCUGAAACUCUUCUAUGAGAUGCUGAAUUCUGGCAUUCCACCAACUAGAGUCACUUUUCUUUCUGUAUUAUAUGCGUGCAGUCAUGCAGGUUUAGUAAGAGAAGGAGAUGAAAUUUUUCAUAUCAUGGUUCAUAAUUAUGGGUUUGAACCCUUAGCUGAACAUUAUGCAUGCAUGGUUGACAUCCUUGGUCGAGCUGGACAAUUGCAAGGUGCUUUGGCAUUUAUCCAGGGAAUGCCAAUUGAUCCAGGUCCUCCUGUAUGGGGUGCAUUGCUUGGCGCUUGCAUGAUUCAUAAGGACACUAACCUUGCUCGUGUGGCUUCUGAAAGACUAUUUGAUUUGGACCCACAAAACAUGGGUUACUAUGUCUUGAUGUCAAAUAUUUACUCUGCCGAGAGAAACUAUCCACGAGCUGCUUCAGUGAGACAAACUGCUAAAAGUAGAAAUCUGACAAAGAUUCCAGGCUGCACAUUAAUUGAGGUUGGCCAGGUCCCACAUGUUUUCACUUCUGGUGACUGGUCUCACUCACAAUCAACAGCAAUCUAUGCAGAGCUAGAGAGAUUGACUGGAAAGAUGAAGGAGGCUGGUUUUCAGACAGAGACUGACACUGCUUUGCAUGAUGUAGAGGUGGAAGAGAAGGAACAAAUGAUGAAGGUCCACAGCGAGAAGUUAGCCAUUGCCUUUGGUCUUAUUUCUACUGAACCUGGAACUGAGAUCAGGAUUAUUAAGAAUCUCCGUGUUUGUUUAGAUUGUCAUACUGCAACCAAGUUUAUAUCUAAGAUCACAGGGAGGGUUAUUGUGGUCAGAGAUGCCAAUAGGUUCCAUCAUUUCAAGGAUGGCGUGUGUUCUUGCGGAGAUUAUUGGUAACAGAAUUGCUAUCAAGACCAAGAUUUAAUUGGUUGGAAAUCAUGAAGACUCGAGCUCAUCUAGCUGGAAUAAUUAUGAGGUCCCUUGGUUUUCAUGACAAAUGGAUCAAUUCGAACCCAAAGCAAGGAAAAGAUUGAAGCCAAGAGAAUUGACCAAAUAACAACAAUGGUUGGUGUCCUGUUUUGCCGUCCCAUUAGACCUUUUAGGAAUGGGUAAAGAUGGACAAUCACCCAGAAGGCAAAGAAGAGCUUCCCAAACAAAGGUCCCCAUGAUUGGUAUCCAUUGUUUAUAGCAUCGGAUAUUCCAGCGACGACUCCCACAAGGUUUAUGAUUAAGAUGGUCGUUGGAGGUAUCAGAAGGGUCGUCCAUUUAAAUGCGUAUAGUUCACCGAAUUCCUCAUCAUCCAUUGCCUUGGAAGUGACUGUGAAGUUUGUGUCAAUACCAGCUAAAACUUUCAAAAGACCUUGCACGACAGCGAACAGGUGAGCUGAGAUGCCACCAAUGACCCAGAACUGCUCAUUUCUCCACCAUUCUUCAAUGCUCACUCCACUCCAUCUUAGCUCAAGAAUACCGGUUGCGAAAAUUGAUAUGAAUAAAGCAAUGAAGAAUAGACUUGCAAAGGUGCUUAUCUGGAUUGUAAACAAAAUCAGAAGCGGGUUAAGCAACAAAGAUACUAACAUUUGUCAGGAAUCUCAUGUGUUAUGCGAGUGCAGUGUGUUGUUACGAUUAUGUAGAGCGAAGAGCAAUGGUGUAUAUAUUUACCUCUGGCAUGAUGAAUUUGUCAGUGAGCAAGCAGAUGGCAGGAAGGGUACAAUAGGCAAGAAGUGGUAUAGAGGUGAAAGGAUACACAGUUGUGUUGAUAUAUGAUAAUCGCUCAAGCCACUUGAGCUUUCCUUCUUUGUAGCCAUACCAGCAAGGGCUAUGACGACUAAAGAAGAUCUCGACAGAACCAAGAGCCCACCGAAGCACUUGGUUGAGCCGAUCUGACAGAUUGAUGGGAGCUGAACCCUUGAAUGCAGGUCUCUUUGGCAUGCAGUAGAUGGACCUCCAUCCACGGCAAUGCAUCUUGAAACCCGUAAGGAUAUCCUCUGUAAUUGAACCAUAAAUCCAGCCCAGCUGCACAGGCAAAGAAUUGUUAUUCAGAUGAUCACAUUAUUACCUGAAACAAAGAAAAAUGGGCCUUUUAGUACCUCAAGUCCCCAUUCGGUUUUGUCCUCGUAGCCACAACUGAUCACAUGGAUGGCUUCUUUAAGCAGAGCUGCAGGGCUUGAGGAAGGAGGAACACCUCCAUCUUCCAUUAAAGUUGAAGUCACAAAAAUUGCUGACUGUCCGAAUUUCUUCUCAAAGUUCAACUGAGACAUUAAAAUCUCUCUGUCAUCAUCUCCUGCAGAGGAAGAUAAAUGGAUCAGGAUUACCGGACAAAAAGGAAAAUGUGAGAGGCAAUUUACAAAUUACAAGUACAAAAGAUGGUAGUGGCUAUGGAUGUUGACAACCUCCAAGGUUUGCAAUUUCUCCAUUUGCUCCUUGCUUAGCAUGCUUCUUUUUGCGGCGUCCGAAACAUGGGCAGCAGUCACACGUUACCAUCUUUGGGCGUUUGGGGCCCUUUGGAGGUAAAUAUCCAUACAAUGCUUGCCUCCUGAAAACACAUCCUGUGCCGACAUACACUGGACCCUGAAUUCCAUCUAGACCUUUCAUAUUAAUCUGCAGCAACAGAACAAGAAACGGCCUCUUCUCACGAGACACGUAAACAAGGCGAGGGAGCUCAUUUCCUUCAACAUCAUGACCGCCACUGUGACCGAGAAACACCUGAAUCAUACCAGGGUGAUCCUUAGUAUUGUUUCCAGGCCAUGGAGUGCCAUCUUGCAUUAUCCAUCCCUCUGGAGGAACCUUCUGUGCUUUCGCCACAAUGGCAUUGAUCCUCACCUUGAAUUCUUCAUAUUCUCUCUGUCAAAGGCAACAGUAUCAUUAUACAUCAACAAAAUCAGCUCUUCUUGAUUCAUCUACUUAUCUAGACAGAAUGGAACCCACUUUCGAGCAAAUUCAGCAGUUUCAGACAUGGUUUCAAAGGUGCACAUGGAACCACCAUCAUCAGAUAGGUAGCAUGAGAUCUUCUCAACUGGGUAAUCUACAGCUAAGAUUGACAACAUUGUGUUUGCAGUAACAAGAGGAGGUUCCUUCAUGGGAUCCACAGUACUGACAAAAAAAUCAACAGGAGCUAGCAUGUUUGGCUCACCUUCCCUCUCAUAUCUGCAUUACAAAAUUUAUCGGUAUGAAUUCUACCUUAGCUUGAUAACAUUGACAUUGCUAGACUUGUUCCUUUCGACACCUAUGUUUUGUUUGUUUAAUUGAUUUUGGCUGGAGAUGAAAUUUGAACCCCUUACGAUCUCAGAUAGGGGUUUUUGCAUUUGUGAACUACACCGAAUAACGAAUCAAACUGACAAGCUUGUUUCAAUGCGGUUUGACAUUAUAAACAUAUUUCAGUUUUUUGUUUUGGUA